AGAACAAACAUGAAGCUUUUUGUCCAACCUACUUUCAACCGAACGGUGAACCUCGUGGCCGGGCCUUUUUCUGCUGCUGCUCCUGCUAAAGGGAUCACAUGUAUCCGUCCACCGUUGCUGUUGCAGCGAUGCGCAGCCGUGCCGCAUGACUCACAGAGGCACAAACGGCCGUGGAUGUAAACAGGGGGGGCGGACUCGGAUUGGACUAACCUGUACCUGGCCGGGCCAAUGGGGGGAUCCGCAUCCCGUUGCCUCCGCUCCAAUCCGUAGAAUCCUAUUGGUCGUGCGCUGUGUCAAUACGGUAUAGAAACCAAGGCGCAAGCGUCGCAAUUACAAGGAGAGGAAGGUAGAGAGAGACAGACAGACAGAGAGAGAGAGAGAGAGAGAGAGAAAAGAGGGUGAGGUGAAAUGAUUAAUCUGUCAAAAGGCUUGUGAAAUUUUCAGGUCCACAUGACACCGCUCUGAUUUCCGAGGAAGGCAGUUUUACGUUGGGAACUUCAACCCCCGGUGCCGAUGCACCGCCAGGCGGACGCGGUGCUUGCGUGAUUAUCGGCCAGGCUUUUCUUAGCUGCUGCCCGAUUUGCGUGCGGUUUCAGCACUGGACAGCGACAGCCAGGAAAACACCGAGUGAAUCCUGAGGCAGGGUCGUGUCAGACCCUCUCUUGGCUCUGGGGCAAUGCGCUUCUAGACCACCCCAAGGAGCAAGUAGCAUAUCCUGGACUGAGCAACAACCCACUCCUCCUCCUCUUCCUCCUCCUCCUCUUCCUCCUCUUCUUUCCUCCCCUCACCGCCACCAUGGGUAACCGUGGCAUGGAGGAUAUGAUCCCGCUGGUCAACAAGCUGCAGGAUGCCUUCAGCUCCAUCGGCCAGGCCUGCAACCUGGACUUGCCGCAAAUAGCAGUGGUCGGCGGCCAGAGCGCAGGGAAGAGCUCGGUGCUGGAGAACUUUGUAGGCAGGGACUUUUUACCUCGUGGGUCUGGUAUUGUCACCCGCAGGCCUCUGGUUCUGCAGCUCAUCAGUUCGACUGCAGAAUGGGCCGAGUUCCUUCACUGCAAAGGAAAGAAGUUCACAGACUUCGACGAGGUGCGUCAGGAGAUCGAGGGAGAGACCGACCGGGUCACCGGUGCCAACAAAGGCAUAUCGCCCGUUCCCAUAAACCUGCGGGUGUAUUCUCCAAAUGUACUGAACCUGACUCUCAUCGAUUUACCGGGAAUCACCAAGGUGCCUGUGGGUGACCAGCCCGUAGACAUCGAGCAGCAGAUCAGGGACAUGAUCAUGCAGUUCAUCACCCGAGAGAGCUGUUUGAUUCUGGCCGUCACUCCUGCCAACACCGACCUGGCCAACUCUGACGCUCUGAAACUGGCGAAAGAUGUGGAUCCCCAGGGACUUAGGACGAUCGGCGUGAUCACCAAACUGGAUUUGAUGGAUGAAGGCACAGACGCUCGAGAUGUGCUGGAGAAUAAGCUGCUGCCGCUGAGAAGAGGUUAUAUUGGAGUUGUGAAUCGCAGUCAGAAGGACAUCGACGGCAAGAAGGACAUCAAGGCCGCCUUGGACGCCGAGAGAAAGUUCUUUUUGUCCCACCCGUCUUACAGGCACAUGGCGGAGAAAAUGGGCACCCCGCGUCUGCAGCGAUGCCUGAACCAGGAACUGACCAACCACAUUCGGGACACCCUGCCAGCUUUCCGCAGCAAACUGCAGUCCCAGCUGUUGGCUUUGGAUAAGGAAGCCGAGGAAUACCGGGGAUACCGACCUGAUGACCCGUCUCGCAAAACCAAGCAGCUGUUGCAGAUGGUACAACAGUUCUCUGUGGAUUUCGAGAAGAGGAUUGAGGGCUCAGGAGACCAGGUGGACACGGUGGAGUUGUCUGGUGGAGCCAAAAUAAACCGCAUCUUCCAUGAGCGCUUUCCGUUCGAACUGGUCAAGAUGGAGUGUGACGAGAAGGAGAUGCGCCGCGAGAUCAGUUACGCCAUCAAGAACAUUCACGGUAUCAGGACUGGACUUUUCACCCCGGACAUGGCCUUUGAGGCCAUUGUGAAAAAACAGGUCAUAAAGCUGAAGGAACCCUGUGUGAAGUGCGUGGACAUGGUCAUCCAAGAGCUGAUUAACACCGUGCGCCAGUGCUCCAACAAGCUGGACUGCUUUCCGAUGCUACGAGAGGAAACGGAACGAAUCGUGACAUCUCACAUCAGAGACAGAGAGAGUCGAGCUAAGGACCAGGUUCUUCUCUUAAUUGACAUCCAGCUUUCUUACAUCAACACUAACCACGAGGACUUCAUCGGCUUUGCUAAUGCUCAGCAGAGGACCAGCCAGUCCAAUAAGAGCCAGAGUUCGGCGGGAAAUCAGGCCUCCUCUCCUCCUGCCAAAGGCCUGAUUGUCAUCCGUAAAGGUUGGCUGACCAUCAACAACAUCAGCAUCAUGAAGGGCGGAGCCAAGGAGUACUGGUUUGUGCUGACUGCCGAGAGCCUCUCCUGGUUCAAGGAUGACGAGGAGAAAGAGAAGAAGUACAUGCUCCCCCUGGACAACCUGAAGGUCCGAGAUGUGGAGAAGAGCUUCAUGUCCAGCAAGCAUAUAUUCUGCAUUUUCAACACGGAGUCCAGGAAUGUGUACAAGGACAAUCGUACCCUGGAGUUGGCCUGUGACACUCAGGACGAUGUGGACAGCUGGAAGUCGUCUCUGCUCCGCGCUGGUGUCUAUCCUGAGAAGACCAUCACAGUUGAGAGCGAGACCACGUCCUCGGCGGACAACUUCUCCAUGGAUCCCCAGCUGGAACGUAAGGUGGAGACCAUUCGUAACCUGGUGGACUCCUACAUGGCUAUCGUCAACAAGUGCAUCCGAGACCUGAUGCCCAAAACCAUCAUGCACCUCAUGAUCAACAACGUGAAGGACUUCAUCAACGCCGAGCUCUUGGCACAUCUGUACUCCGCGGGCGAUCAAAACGCCCUGAUGGACGAGUCGCAGGAGCAGGCCCAGAGGAGGGACGAGGUCCUGCGGACGCACCAGGCUCUCAAGGAGGCUCUGGCCAUCAUCGGCGAUAUCUCCACCUCCACCUUCACCGUUCCUCUGCCUCCCCCGGUGGACACGUCCUGGGUAGGAGGAGCCGGCGGGCGCAGAUCUCCUCCGCCCAGUCCCACUGCCCCGAGGAGGAUGUCAUCGGGACAGCGCCCAGCUCCGCGGGGGGCCCCGCCACCACCAAAUCGCCCAGGACCCCUGGGGCCUUUUAAUAACACGGCCGAAAGCCCUCAGGCUCCGAGUCGUCCGAACAGGGCUCCACCUAGCAUCCCCAGCCGGCGACCUCCUCCGUCUCCCACACGACAAGCUCCGCCCUAAUCACCGGAGGAGGAUGCGUCGCCGUCGCCGUCCCCUCUCUCCUUCGCCUCCUGCCGCCCGCCUCGCCCUCUUUUCUCUCUAGCCGUGGCUCUGCUGACCUGCUGUCUUUUUAGUGCGCACACCCGGGUCUUUGACCUCUCCGACCCCUCAGUUUUUUUCCGCCGAGGUCAUGCUACUCAUAUAUCUACUGUAUGUACAGUAUGGUACUCGUCUUGUGGUAUAUAUAUAUAUAUAUCUAUGUAUACGUGCGCUUGUUGCUUGCCUAUGGUCCAGGUUUGCUUCACAGAUCAAAUGGCCAUUAGUUACUGGGACCACCUCACCUCACACCCCCCC